AGCUGCACUACUUGCCAAAGUUUUCUAUUGUCCCUCCUUGGACUUCUCUCCUCUGAAGAAACAUGGCAGAGAAAGGAGUGGUGGUGCAGAAAGACAAGGCAGGAAAUGGAAAGCAGGGAGAGAACAAAGGCCACUGUGUGACAUGUGAACACCACGCACCCAAGGGACAUGGUAAAAUGGCUGUCCCUCCUGCAUACUCAGACUUGGGGAAAUCCGCCAAAGAUAUCUUCAACAAAGGCUUUGGAUAUGGAAUUCUCAAGCUGGACGUUAAGACCAAGUCCCAGAGUGGUGUUAUGGAGUUUGCCACCUCCGGCUCCAACAACACCGACACAGGAAAGUCAGGAGGCCACCUGGAGACCAAGUACAAAGUGAGCGAUCUGGGCCUCAACUUCAGCCAGAAAUGGAACACAGACAACACUCUCACCACAGAAAUCACCAUUGAGGACCAGCUGGCUAAGGGUCUGAAGCUCAGCCUGGACACAUCUUUCGUGCCCAACACUGGCAAGAAGAGCGCCAAACUGAAGACAGGCUACAAGCGCGACUUUGUCAAUGUGGGCUGUGAUCUUGACUUCGAUAUGGCCGGCCCUACUGUCCACGGGGCUGCUGUGCUGGGCUACGAGGGCUGGCUGGCCGGCUACCAGCUGGCUUUUGACACGGCCAAAUCCAAACUGACCCAGAACAACUUCGCCCUUGGAUACAAGGCCGGAGACUUCCAGCUUCACACCAGCGUUAAUGACGGCACUGAGUUUGGUGGCUCCAUCUUCCAAAAGGUGAACGGCAACCUGGAGACAGCUGUCCAACUGGCCUGGACAGCCGGCAGCAACAACACACGCUUUGGAAUUGGAGCCAAAUACCAGCUGGAUAAGGAUGCCUCCCUGUCUGCCAAAGUUGACAAUGCCUGCCUUGUUGGUGUUGGAUACACACAAACUCUCAGGCCAGGAGUGAAGCUCACCCUCUCAGGUCUGAUCGACGGGAAGAACGUGAACGGCGGUGGACACAAAGUGGGCAUGGGUUUCGAGCUGGAGGCGUAAAGAUUCAGACUGAGAACUGACAAGAAGAGAGGAAAUAAGCAACAGAAGAAGAAGAUUUAAGAGCCCAAAUGUGAAAACACGGCGAAGGUCCACUCAGCGACACAUAGACACAUCUUCCCUCUGAGUCCUACACAGAUACGCACACAUUCUUUUGCCUUAACCCUGAAACCCUAAGCAGCCUCCAAGACCUUCAGUACUGUAACUUUAAAUCCUCAUUUUUUUAAAUAUACAUCACUUACAGGUGACACAACUAUCUUUGAGCAUAUAUUAUCAGAAUACACCAAAUACAGAGUCUUCAGCCGGAUCUUUAUGCAAAACCUCCAGAUGAUGUGCUACUUGACCACUUUAACAGGACAAAGUGCACUUUUUAAAAGCCUUUGUGUGUCAGAUAUAUCUAUUCUGAAGUAGGAUUCAAAGCACAUUUUUACUUUGAAUGUGUUGUCAGCUGGUUUUUCUUCAGAUAUACUCUGGGUUUUAGACAUUAAUAAUGUAGUAAAGGAUGCUUGUUUUGGAAUAUUUUGGUUUUGUAGCAUGCUUUUAAGACUUGAGGGAAGUUUUGACUUUUCAGUGUCAAGUGGACGAGUACAGAGACCGUAAACAGACGCAAUAAAACCUGGAGGGGAUAACGCAGAGAGACGGGGAGCAGCUGAUCCCUCUCAGACUAAUUGGACCGACUUUGGUUCAUUAUUUGACCUCAGAAACACAGUUUUAAUCUGUGGACCUUCAGUUGCCUAAAUGUCUAUUCUUCAGGUCCUGUGUGUCGCCUCUUUGUCUUGUCUGGUUUUGUGUCCUGUACCUGUUCAACCUUUACCACUACAUUUCACUUUAUCUGUGCUGUGCUUUGUUUAGGAGAGUUAGUCAACAGUUAGGACCUCAAAUAGAUUUUAUUGAGAUAAAGGAAUUAAAGAAUGCUCAACACUA